CUAGCUGCUGCUCUUCCUUUAUAGAACAAUCUUCUUCCAAUAUAGAAGUCUGAUUAACGAGCUGCAAACUGAUCAUCAUUCCAUUCAUUCAAGAUGGUUACUGUAUCCAAAUUAGUGGGGAUGAAAAGACAAGAUAUCAAGAAUGUACUACUCCUACUUCAAGAAUUCGUGGUAACGUAUAGAGACAACAAAGUUAAAAUCAACUAUCAAUCAAGACCAGUUAUACUAUUCUUAGCUACUUUGGUUGCAACCGCAGGAUUUGGAAUUUUUUUCACCUUGAAGAAUAUCUUAACUAAAUAUAAUGAAUAUUUAUUAAAUACAAAACUUAAUCGUCCAAGUUUAAUUAGACAAUCAUCAACUAUAUUAAAAAAUGGAUCUAGAGAAAUCUUCAUUCCAAAGGGUAAGAAUAAAGUUACCAGAAUAAUCAUUCCUAAACCAAAUUUAGAUCAAUAUGCUGCUGAUAAAUAUUUAUAUAAGAAUUUUUAUAUAAAUCAACAAUUAAUUCAACAAAGUCCAAAAGGUAUCAUUUUCAAUUCCAAAUUUUUAAAUCAAUUAUCCAUUAUUUGGAGAAUUUUAAUUCCUAAAUUUUAUAGUCGAAAUACUUCAUUAUUAUUAUCUCAAUGUUUCUUUUUAAUUUUAAGAACUUGGUUAAGUUUAUUAGUAGCUAAAUUAGAUGGUCAAAUUGUUAAAAAUUUAAUUGCUGCUAAUGGGAAAAAAUUUAGUCGUGAUUUAAUUUAUUGGUUAUUAAUUGCUUUUCCUGCUUCAUAUACUAAUGCGGCUAUAAAAUAUCUUGAUAAUCGGUUAAGUCUUGGAUUUAGAACUAAUUUAACAAGAUAUAUUCAUGAUAUGUAUUUAGAUAAGAAAAUGUCUUAUUAUAAAGUUAAUUUAAAUAAUUCAAAUUCAAUUGAAAAUAUUGAUCAAUAUAUUACUCAAGAUAUUUCAAAAUUUUGUGAUUCAUUAAGUGGUUUAUUUUCAAGUAUGGGUAAACCAUUUAUUGAUUUAAUAUUUUUUUCAGUUUAUUUAAGAGAUAAUUUAGGUACAGGUGCUAUAAUUGGGAUUUUUACCAAUUAUUUUAUUACCGCUGUAUUAUUAAAACAAUCAACUCCACCAUUUGGAAAAUUAUCAUCCAAAAGAACUCAUUUAGAAGGUCAAUUUUUUAAUCAACAAUUAAAUUUAAUGAAUAAUUGUGAAGAAAUUGGAUUUUAUAAAGGUUCAUUAAUUGAAAAAGUUAAAUUAAAAGAAAAAUUUAGAGGUUUAAUGAAUCAUGUAAAUAAUGAAAUCAAUAUAACUUUAAAUUAUGGAGUUAUUGAAGAUUAUGUUUUAAAAUAUACUUGGUCAGCAUGGGGUUAUGUAUUUGCUGGUUUACCGGUAUUUUUAGAUGAAAUUUGGCCUAAACAAGUUCCUGAUCAAUCUGAUAAAAGUCUUAGUCAAAUUCAAAGAGUUGAUGAAAGGAAAAAUAUGAGACAAUUUAUUAUUAAUAAAAGAUUAAUGUUAUCAUUAGCAGACGCAGGUUCAAGAUUAAUGUAUUCUAUUAAAGAUGUAAAUCAAUUAACUGGUCAUACUGAUCGUGUUUUCAAUCUUUUAACUCAAUUACAUAAAGUUCAUUCCCCAAGAUAUGAUUUUGGAUCUAAAUUUGGAUAUUCUGAUAUUCAUGGUACUAUUCAAAAUAAUUAUGCUAAGGGAAUUAGGUUAGAACAUUUUUCAGUUAUAAUUCCAAGUAUUGAUGGAGGGGAAGGUAUUCCAUUAAUUAGUGAUAUAACUAUUGAUAUUAAAGAUAAUAAUAAAAAUUUAUUAAUUUUAGGACCAAAUGGAUGUGGUAAAACUUCAAUUUCAAGAAUUAUGGCCGGAUUAUGGCCAUUUUAUCAUGGAUUAUUAUCAAAACCAAAUGAUGAUGAUAUUUUUUAUUUACCACAAAAGACUUAUUUCACCACCGGGAAUUUAAGAGAUCAAAUCAUUUAUCCAUUUAGUUAUAAUGAUAUGUUAGAAAUGGGAUAUAAUGAUGAUUAUUUGUAUCAUAUUUUACGAGAAGUUAAAUUAGAAUAUUUAUUAAAAAGAGAAGGUAAUUUCAAUGUUAUCAAGGAAUGGAAAGAUGUGUUCAGUGGAGGUGAAAAGCAAAGAAUUAGUAUUGCUAGAGUAUUAUUUAAAAAUCCCAAAUUAGUUAUAUUAGAUGAAAGUACCAAUGCAGUUCUGACUGAUGUUGAAGAUUAUUUAUUUGAAUUAUUAAGAACAAAAAGAAUUUCAUUUAUAACUUUAAGUCAUCGACCAUUAUUAAUGAAAUAUCAUGAUUUUAUAUUAGAAAUUAAAGAUGAACAAGAUGAAAGAAGUUGGGAAUUUCAUGAUUUAACUAGUGUGGAGAAUUUAAAAUCGAUUGAUAAAGAAAUUAAUGAAAUUGAAGUCAAAUUAUCUCAAACUGAAAAAUGGGAAUUAAGAAAACAAGAAAUUGAAUUAUAUUUGGAUGGGAAAAAUGAAGGUAUAAGUAUGGAAGCAAGUAUUGAAUUGCCCAAGGAUAUUCUUCUUUCUCCAAAGAGAUGAGAUUUUAAAAUUAUUUAGAUAUAUAUAUAUAUAUAUAAAUGAAUUAUGAGUAAUGAAAGAACAAGAUAUUAUUUUUGCAACUUGUAAUAAAGUCACCCACAUGGUAGCACAAGGACAUUCUUCCCUAAAAAGUAGACGCGUUUGUAAUUACAACUAAAAAAAAGUUUCU